AUGAACCAUAUAGCUACACCGGCUAUUCCUAUCAUCCCUCCAGUUGCCACACCCAAUCUGCUUGUGGGACUUCCACAUCUUGCAGCUCCUGGGGCCAUUCCUUCUGUCACUCCUGCAGUGGUUAUGCCGCAGACAGUUGCCCCCAUGCCAGAGGCAAUUGGUCAACCCAAUAAUACUAUAUAUAUCAAUAACCUGAAUGAAAAGGUCAAACGAGAUGAACUAAAGAAAUCCCUUUAUGCUGUUUUCGUCCAAUUUGGUCAAAUACUUGACAUAAUAACAUCGCGAACACUGAAAAUGCGUGGUCAAGCCUUUGUUGUUUUCGACGAUGUCAGCAGUGCAUCCACAGCACUUCGAGCAAUGCAAGGUUUCCCACUUUAUGAGAAACCAAUGCGAAUCCACUUUGCCAAAGUCGAUUCUGAUGUGAUUGCUAAGCGGAAAGGUACUUUUGUGCAACGACCGAAAGCCGCUUCAAGAGCAGCAGCAGCUGCUGCUGCCGCCGCCGCUGCAGAAGCUGCAGCAUCUGCUGCCGCACUUAAUUCAGCAGGACCUCAAGGGGGUACUAGUGCAAGAGCCAUCCGUAGAAGACAACAAAGAGCAGCUGCUGCAGCUGCAGCCGCCGCCGCGGCUUCCACGACCAUUAAUACGGACAACAAUGAAACUAAUUCGAAUGGUGUUGAUCAGCCAGGUAGUUAUCGUCCCCCUCCACCACCGCCUCCUGUGAACCCGGCCACCAUUCCAGAUCAACCACCAAACAAAAUUCUCUUCUUAACUAACCUGCCAGAUGAUUCUGAUGAAGCUAUGUUGAGUAUGCUGUUCGGACAGUUCAGUGGCUACCGAGAGGUACGUAUGGUCCCCGGCAGACAUGAUAUUGCUUUUGUUGAAUUUGGAAAUGAGGUAGAAGCAUCAGCUGCAAAACUUGGCCUUCAGGGUUUCAAUAUUCGACCUGGUAGAGCUAUACGCAUUACUUUUGCUAAGAAGUGA